AUGAAAAUUUCCUUCUGUAGAGGCACUGUUAGAUUGGAGAGAAGAAUGAGUGCCAUCCCGGUUGUAGAAGAACAUGGCCCUUGGGCCCAAACUGUGACCCCACUAUCGAAGACCGAGGAGGAGGUCCUGAGGCUAUAUGACCGGCUUCAGGAACUCAAGCUUGAGAUGGCCCUCCUGCAGUCGCACCAGGCCUACCAGCAAGCCCAGAAUGAGCUCCUCCAGGCGAGAUCAUCAUACUCCUUAGGGCGCACCAUCGUGGACAACCUCUUGACGGUGACGCCCAUCCUCAAAUCCGACAUCGGAGCUUUUGAACUUGCGGAGUCAGCAGAGCGCAGGAAGUUUGGAGAGACUACUGAUGUGGAGAAUGAGGAACUUGAACGGCUUAAGCAAGAGGUCAAGGACAGCCGACAGAGGUGGAAAGUUAUCAAAGGUACUGUGAGUGCAGUUAUCGCUGGCAGUGGUAUCGAUUGGGUCAACGAUCCUGAACUGCUUGACAUGGUUCUUGAUGACGUUCAAAAGUCAUAA